UUUUAAAUAACACUAGCAUUCUAAUUCAUAACGAUAGACAUUCGUAUGCGUUCUGAAAUGUGUUUGUCAAGAAGUUUAUACAAUAUAUAAUUUUAGGUUAUGAUUUACUCGGUUUUUAUUUAUUAAAACAAGUAAAUGACAUUAUGCUGUGCUUAAAAUAUAUAUAUAGAAUAACAAAAAAAAGAAGCAGAAUAUAUCCAAUAGAAAAGAAAUAUCUAUCCACUGUUUUGGGCAUAGAAACAUCAUGUGAUGAUACUGGUUGUGCAGUACUAGAUGAAAAAGGAAAUAUCUUAGGAGAAUCUCUCUAUUCGCAAAACCUUUUUCACCUUAGAUGUGGGGGAGUCAAUCCAGUUAUAGCUAGAGACUUGCAUCGUGAUAAUAUUGAUUUAGCUGUGAAUGAAGCUUUAGACAUGGCAAAAUUAAGCCUGAAAGAUAUUGAUGCAAUAGCUGUAACAGUUAAACCUGGCCUUCUAAUAAGUUUACAGAUAGGCGUUAAGUAUGCCAUGUAUCAUGCAAGAACUCAUAAUAAAUUGUUAAUACCAAUACAUCACAUGGAAGCUCAUGCUUUAGUUGCUAGAAUGUAUUAUAAUAUAUCAUUUCCAUUUCUUACUCUGCUGAUAUCUGGAGGAAAUUCCAUGCUUGCACUUGUAAAGAAUGUGGAUGAUUUCCUAUUGUUGGGUGACACAUUAGAUAAUGCUCCUGGUGAAAUUUUAGACAAAGCAGCAAGAAGAAUGAAGUUAAGAAAUAUACCUGCAUACUCAAAAUUAGCAGGGGGACAAUCUAUAGAAAUGGCAGCAAGACAUUCUAUAAACCCCUAUCUAUUUAAAUUUCCAUUACCCUUGGCAAGAAAUAGAGAUUGUAGUUUUAGUUUCAGUGGCCUAAAAGAUGCCUUGAUGCAGCAUCUCCUACGUAAGGAGAAAGAACAUGGUAUAGUAGGGGAUGGAUUGAUUCCAGAAGUCAAUGAUUUAUGUGCAGGAUUUCAACUAGCUAUUGCAGAACAUUUAGGCCACAGAACAGAAAGAGCUGUAGUAUUUUGUGAGGAAAAUAAUCUAUUAGAUAGAAACCACAAAAGUAUUGUAGUUUCUGGUGGAGUGGCAUGUAAUGAUUUUAUUUUUAAAGGUAUCCAAUUAAUAGGUGAUAAACUAGGCUGCAAUGUAUAUAGACCUCCACCUAAAGUAUGUACAGAUAAUGGGAUUAUGAUAGCAUGGAAUGGCAUAGAGAAACUCAAGAAACGAAGCAACUUUGAAAAUAUCACAUUAAAAGAUGUUGAUCCAUCUGCACCGUUAGGAACAAACAUUAUUGACAAAGUUAAAACUGCAAAUAUUCAUGUCAGGAUUACAAGAAUAAAAAUCUAAUAUUAUUUAAAA